UACAGUGCAUUGUGGCUUCACCCUCGUCGAAAUUGGACGAGGCCGCUUUCCGCUCAGUCUACCUAAUUCCAAGCCAAUUCCAAGCCAAUGGCUGCAGCAUUGGUGGGACAGCACGCAGCAGGCGCGAUCGCCCGACAGUUCUCGCUGCCCCUGCGCGGCGGACUGGGCACGGUCUACGGCAAAGCGUGGGGUCCUGUGACUGGGAAGCGAGUGCUCGGCGUGCACGGGUGGAUGGACAACGCGGGGACGUUUGAUCGUCUGGCUCCGUAUCUCCCAUCAGACAUUCAGCUGGUUGCGGUCGAUCUCCCAGGCCACGGUCUUUCGUACCACAAGAAAGCCACCUACUUGAUGGUCGAUUACGUUCAGGACGUGAAACGCAUCGUGGACGCGCUGGGUUGGACAAGGUUUACGUACAUGGGUCACAGCAAUGGUGCAGCAAUUGGCGCCAUGUUUGCGGGAACGUUCCCCGAAAUGGUGGAGCGUUUGCUUUUGAUCGAGGGUCUUGCGCCGUUCCCGGGCACCGAUGAAUCAGCACCAGAGCAUUUGCGUGCCGGUAUCGAGUCGAACGCUGCGCUGCUGGGAAAACCUGGAAAGCCGUAUGACUCUGCCAGUGCUGCCAUCGCAAAAAUGCGCGAAAACAACAAAGCUCUGACAGAAGAAGCCGUUCAAUGCCUGGCUGCUCGUGGAAUGACAACCAAUAGCGACGGAACGACCAAAUUCAAUCACGACCCAUUCCUUCGCGCCAAUUCUCUUCAGCGAAUCAACGUGAAGCAGUUCCAUGCGUUUUUGGGCCGCGUUGUUGCUCCGACCAUGAUCAUUCGAGCCAAAGGCGGAUGGCCGUUCCCUGUCGACUACUUCCAGGGCUGCGUGGAUGUGCUUUCCAAAAGCACGAGCGAUUUCGAAUUCGUGGACGUGGAAGGUGACCAUCAUGUGCAUCUGACAAACCCCCAAAAUGUAGCUGCCGCUGCGCACCGCUUCCUGGAGAAAUCCUCCGUCGGGGCAGGAACGCAAACCGCCAGCAUGCUGUAACCCGGCCAAUUCGUGGGUAAAAAAACAGGACAGAGCAUGUCGUUUCGUUGCCCCUUUUGACUGGAGAAUUGAAAUGUGUCUCAUUGCAAAUCAAACGAGCCAACAAAAUCAAACAAACAUGACUCUCAUUGGUUGCUUUUCAGACAAUGGCUCAAUCGCUGUCAUCGUCGACAACAACCGCCGAGGACUUUUUGCGCGGUUUGCUCGCUGCAGGCUCGUCGUCCGUUUUCUCAGUCUUCUUCUUCUUCUUCUUGGCGGUGCCGUCCGCCGAUUUCGUGCUUUUGGUCGAUUUCGCCGGCGCCUCAUCGUCUGCAGCCUGCUGCAGAUCAAAGUAUGUGUGACAAAGGCCAAACGAAAAAUGAUCAGCAUACCUCUCUCAAUCCAAAUUCAAAUGGAAUUGCAACCCCAAUUAUAUCAACUCUGCGCGACAAAAACCCUAACCUUCACAACAGACUUCUUCUUGCGCGGCUUCUUCUCUUCAUCACUGUCAUUGUCAACAGGAGCCGUCUUGACCUUGGCUGCUUUCUUCUUCUUCUUCUUCACCUCAGCGUCACUGUCGUCGUCAUCGCUGUCGGCUUCAGCAGGCUUGCUGGACGCCGCCUUUUUUUUCUUCGG